AUGUCAGCACAACCAACGGAACAACAGCUCCCUUCCAACACACCUUCUUCAACACAACAACAACAACAACAAACAACGGAACCACAGAUUCCAACUUGCACAUCUGCAGCUUCCGUCUCUCCAUCACCGCACUCUGGUUCACUUCCUCCUCCUACGUUCAAAGCAACUCCUCUCUACACGAUCGAUCUCAAUACUCCUCCUCGCCAACGAUGGCAACCCAUCGUACGGGAAUAUCUCAACCAAAUGAAACCACUGAAAGAGUAUAUCGAUAAGAUGGCCCAAGAACAAGCCGGUUGGUUCGGCCCAUUGGGAAUGAAAAUUUCAGGAUGGGCUUCACAACAACUCUUGACCACCGUCUCGGAUUCGAUCGUGGAGGAAUUGAAAGGAAUUGCUGAAAUCACUCAACCAGCAUUCGGCCUCUCCUACAGUGACUUGUUGAAUUUAAAUUUGGGAUAUAACUUUUUAGCCAUGUGUUCAUCCAUUGCUGUGAAAGAGUUCAUCAAUAACAGCAAUAACAACAAGAAUUCAUCAUCUUCUUCUGAACCAUCAGCAUCAACAACAUCAAUCUCUUCGGAGAAUUCAGCACUCGAAGGAGUUUAUCAUUUACGAAAUUUGGACUGGGAUUUAGAAAUAGCAGAGCCUUUUCGAAAUUUGACCAUCGAUGUGGAAUUUGUGAGAGGUUCCGAAUUGAUCUAUCGUGCAACGACAUGGGUUGGAUUUAAUGGAUUUCUAACGGGCAUGAGAUAUCGUCAAUUCAGUGUUGCAAGUGACAUCAACAAGAACAACACGACCUCUGUCACUGCCACUCCUUUCAGCAUUUCACUCAAUUACCGAAAGAACAAAGGAAGCAAUGAAAUUGUUGGCUUUGUGAAGAAUGUGUUGGCCGGUUUUAUGAAUUACUAUCCUGCCGAGUACUUGAUUCGAAAACUUUUGGAAGAGGCCGAUUCCUUAGAGACUGCAUUGAGAUGGAUUGAUCAUUAUCCCAUCAUGGCUCCAUGUUAUUUGGUCGUAUGUGGAGAGGAGGAUGCGUACUUGUUGAGUAAGACCCGUACAAGUGAUUUGAAUCGAUUGCAAUUGAAUCGGGAAAUGAAGAAGAUGAUGGACCAUCCUACACAACAACAACAGCAACAACAACCAACAGAACAACACUCUCCAACAAAAUUACCUCAACAACAGCCACCACAGAGAGCCUUCCUCGUUCAGACCAAUAUUGAUCACUGGGAAAAGAGUGUCGAUCCGGAAUGGGCUGGCGAGGAUCUUCUCCUUCAUAAUGCCUUAGAUCGGAAAUGUGCAGCUCAAGCCUUUCUCAGCCAACACAUUCAAGACUUUUCUCAAUUGAAAUUGGUUGAGAAUACCACUCAGGAACAACUCUCCAAACAACUUUACAACUCACAACUCAUGUCCAACAAUAUUCAUUUCCGCAACAUUCCCUUCAAUACUCCCUAUUUCAAUUUUCUCAUGCAAUGUAUCUCGAAUUAUCCGAACUGCAAUCAAGAAACAGUCUAUCAAGUCAUUUGCAAUCCAAAGAAUAACUUUUACUUUUCCAGAAUCAUUUACAAUCCACCUACGGAUCCUUCCAAUAAUUAUUUGUAUUGA